AUGUUGCCGCUAAAUAUGUACUGGGUUUUGAUUGUCGGAUUUUGUUUGUUCCAGAUUCAAGAGAGUUUUUCCCUUGGUCUUGCGUUUACUCCCGGAUCCAACGCUACAAGCCAUCGAGAUAUACGUAAGUAAUUCAGACCUUCAAUUUGAAGCAGUUUACAGUGACGCAGGCCUAGAUAAUAUAUUUCUCUUCUUCCUGGCAGCAAAUUCCAAAAAUGAAGAUGUCCUGCGUAAGUCAAAUGUAUAACUUCCUGCCUAUGUAGGCUACAUAUAGGCAGGAAGUUAAUCGGUAGGUAGGCAGUUCAUGAGGUAUGCCGAAAACAGGCAUACUUUAUUAAACCACAAACCGUGGCAAUAAAGACUAUAAGGCGUGUCGAAAAGUAAAACAGGAGUACUUUAUAGUCGCUAGGUGUCCAAACUGUUUACAUCUGAACAUUGUAUUUAUUGAUUUGAUAGACUUUGACCAUUGCGCACGGUUCCAUAAUUUUCAAUUGUGAGGCCAUCCUCAAUCUGGGCACUUUAUUGCGCGACUUGAAAAGAUAUUAAAGGGAACACUAAAUUGAUUUCACCCCUUUAGUUUUCUACCAGUUUGGGGGUAUUUUAGGCCAAAUUUUUAAAAAAUCAUUAUUUCUGACGGAAAGUUUUACAUGUCGAAUCCGUAUUCCUGAAGUCAACUCUAUUAUUCUUUUUUCAGCGCCAGCCAACUUCAGUCUGUUGCAAGAAACUGAAACAUUGGCCAUCGCAAGUGGAAACACUACUGGUCUUUCUUUUCAAGUUGGUAAGAAAGAGAAUUCAUUGUUUAAAACUGACU